GAGUCAGACUUCGCUCACAGGAGAUUUACCUGAAAGUGAGUGGAAAACAGCGAGGCCAGGCAACACCCACAAGAUUCUGGAAACAUCUGCCAAACUGCAGAAUGCAAACUGACAAUGUAUUUACUUUAUUCUCCGGGAAGGCUGCCUGGUGCAACGCAUCAUCGCCCUCACCGGCGUGGAAACUGCACUGAUUAGUUACCUGCUUCAAGACGGUCUGUAAACGAUCUGGAAACUGAACACCUUAGCCAGCGAGAGGGCUGGAAUAGAUCAAGGUGAAAUCGUGGAAAGAACAUCCAAUCCGGAGCCUGUGUGAUUCCAGCGAAACCAUCCUGAGACGUUGGACUAUUUGCAGGUUCAGCUGAUAAAGCUGCAAAAACUCGUUGCAAUUGCAGUAUUUCAUGAAGUCUAUCUUGACCGAAUUUUUUUUUUUGGACUGCUUCAUAACAGGUCGCAUCUACAUUAGAUAUAAACUUUGUCUUGAGAAAACCAUCGUGUGAGAUUGCACCGCUGGGUGAAGCACAUUAUUAAUGAGGAGCGAAUUGCUGGAGAGAUUCAACAUGGAGGGAUAGCACUGAUUUGAAGGCCAGCGUUAAGAAAAGCUGCCUCGGCCGACGACUGGGGAACUCCACAAUAUCUUGUCUUGUGAGAUCAUUUCAACUUUCCUCAACGCCAGCCUGGGAGAUGGGACAUAAGCAUCGUCAUUGCUGGAACAAGUAAGGAAGAGAAUUAGGCUAUGAGUUGUGCUUAAAGAUACUGGGUGAUUUCAUAGGAUGGGCUCGGAAUUGUGGACAGUGUGAACGAUUGCAUCUUAUCAACCUGCACUCUUAUUAAGGAGUUUCCUUUGCACUCAAAGCAUAUACAAAGUGGAGCAUGCAUCUGAGACUGUGUUAUUAAUAAUCUUCCAGGUAACCCGAAUGAAAAACAAAUACAAAUGGAUGAUACUGAAGGCAUAACAUUGAAUUUUAAAUAUCUGCAGCAAAUUGAAAUGAAGAAUCGAGUCUGGUGUGAAGUGGAUGCUACUUUCUAACUCAUGAAGUUGCUACUCUCUGAUCUCAUGCGGCAUCCCACAAGUUCUCUCCAAGUUCUAACCCUAUGAAUCUGGUCGAUUAACAUGGACGAUUUCUACCAAACAACCAUUCAAUUUCGAAGUGUGUAGGAAGGAACUGCAGAUGCUGGUUUAUACCGAAGAGAGACACACAAGGCUGGAGUAACUCAGCGGGCCGGGCAGCAGCUCUGGAGAGAAGGAAUAGGUGACGCUUCGGGUCAAGACCCUUCUUCAGACUGAGACUCGCUUGAGAUUUACUGUUUGUUAUUUUUUCCCGGCAUCUUGUAUAUUUUUGCAGGCUGGCUUUAAUAUUUAUUUCCCCUUUGGUGAAGGCUGGGCAAACAUCUCCAGAUGCCGGAGCUAUCGGAGAUCACACCCGGCCGUUCCCCUGCAAACCCUAUACGGAUCCAGCAGAGCAUCUUGGAGGAUCAGGUGGAACUGUGGUGGUUCCAAGAUCUCAAACGUUCGAUCCUGUGUUACUCGGUGGCGGUGGUGCUCAUUCUGGGGACCGGGUUGGGGGGAAUCGUGUUAUUGUCCACGGCAACUAGUAAAUCGAGCGAGUGGCGGCUGGGAGUCGGGACUGUCAUGUGUCUCCUGGCUUUGGGCAUCCUCCUAAAACAGUUACUGAGCUCCGCCAUCCAGGAUAUGAACUGCAUGAGGAACCGGACCCAGAUCAACAAGCUAAGGAGUGGAGGGCUCAUUGAUUAUUUGCUUAUUUUGAUUGCUGGGUCUGUCAUACUUAUUUGUGGCUACGUGCUGAUAAUCCUGGCGAAUUCCGACCCUCGCCUCUCACCGAGGUCCUGGAGCGACAUGUUCAUCGCUGGUGUUGCCAUUACAUUGUCCGGCUCCAUUAUCCUCCUUGUCCUCUUAGUCUACAGCGUCAUCUUCAAAUUUUGUCCCCAUAUAGUACCCGGGGCUUCAGGUGGGGGAGAGCUGAGCAUCUAUGUAAUAUCUACAAGCACUGCACAGGGGAGGCAAAGGGAAGUCUCAUCAAGUGCAGCCAACUUGAUCUGAAAUGGGCACUGACUGACUGUUCAAACAGUGAAAUGACUGGACUAAUGUGCCUCAUUUUUAUGGUGAACAUUGAACAAGUAACGCCACGAAUAAGCUUUUUUAACAAGACCAAUUAAUGCCAGUCGAGAUCAAUUUGUUUGAGUAAUCUUGAAUUUUGGUGGAGACUUGCGGUGGAGGGCAUUGACUACGAGAAGAGAUUUGAGAUUUGCUGAUGAAACUAUUUAUCUGUUGAUGAUCACAAAUGACUAGAGUCUUACAAUUGUAGCUGUCACAAAAUGACACUCACAAAAAAGCGCUUUGGGCUGCAGAAGUUCAGAGGACUAAAUAGAAUUAAUGUCAAACACAAACAUGCUAUGCCUCAGCCAAGUCACUAACAAAAGGUGCUGUGUGGCUGCUAAUAAUAAAUGCAAAUACAUGUUAAAUAUUUA